AUGACGUCAAGUCAAAGGCUAGAUUUAAUAUAGUGAUUCGCGAUUCGCGAAAAGCAAUAAUUUGAUUGAGGCUUGGCUAUUGACACCAAAUGUAACUUUAACGUAUUAAAAUAAGACGUGGAUUUUGUUUAUAUGACGUUAAAGAGAUCACAAUGAGACCAAUAUUAUGUAUAUUUUUUCUGAUAGCUAUACUUCAUUGUUCAUAUGCACCACCGGUUACACCAGAUAAGUCAAAAGAAGACAGUGAAAUUAAAGAUGAUCUGGAAGAGUAUAUGGAAUACCACCGUUACUUGAAGGAGGUGGUGCAAGCUUUGGAAAGCGAUCCAGACUUUCGCGAACGUUUGGAGAAAGCUGAUGAGGAAGACGUUAGAACCGGGAAAAUAGCGGAGCAUUUGGACUUCGUGAAUCAUAAUGUCAGAACGAAAUUGGAUGAGAUUAAGCGGCGGGAAUUGGAGCGUCUGCGACAUUUGGCCACUAAGCAAUAUGAAUUGACAAAUAACCUUGAGCAUGAAGGUAAGGUGCCGUCUAGCGAUCAUUUGGACCACCACAACCCGCACACCUUUGAAAUUGAGGAUCUCAAGAGACUCAUAAAGAAGACCACAGAAGAUUUAGAAGCCGCAGACAAACAAAGGAAGGAGCAAUUCAAGGAAUAUGAGAUGCAAAAGGAAUUUGAGAAACAUCAGAAGUUAGAGAGUAUGGAUGAAACGCAAAAGAAGGAAUAUAUGGAGAAACUGAAAACUGAGGAAGAGGCUAAGAAACAUCACAAACCCAUCCACCACCCCGGCUCCAAACAACAGUUGGAGGAGGUAUGGGAGAAACAGGAUCAUAUGGAUCAACAAUUUGACCCAAAAGCAUUCUUCAUGAUGCACGAUGUUGAUGGUAACGGUGUAUGGGACGCUGACGAGGUGAAAGCGCUAUUUAUAAAGGAGUUGGACAAGCUGUAUGGACCAGGAGGGCCCAAUAAGGACUUACACGAGAGGGCCGAGGAAAUGGAGAGGAUGAGGGAACACGUGUUCAAAGAGAAUGACCGGAAUGGAGACGGCUUGAUUGAUUUCCACGAGUUCAUGACUGAGACGCAACGCGCUGAUUUUAAUAAGGACGAGGGUUGGAAAUCAAUCGACGAGAAUCAAAUCUAUACCCAGCAGGAAUACGAGGAAUAUGAACGGAGACGUCUCGAAGAGCUGAGAUAUUUACAACAACGCGGUCUGGUUGACGCUCACGGUCGUCCGAUACCUGGUGCUGAACAUCAGUUACAUCAAUACGAACAGCAGAAGCAAGCCUACCACCAACAGCAACAACAGGCCUACCACCAGCAACAGCAAGCUUAUCACCAGGGACAACAGUAUCAGCAAGCUGGCUAUCAGCAGCCCAAUCAGUAUCCUAAUCAGGGUGCACCCCAAGUUCCUCAAGGCCAAUACCAAGGCCAACCCCAAGGCCAAUUCCAAGCUCAACCACAAGGCCAAUUCCAGGGUCCACCUCAAGGUCAAUUCCAGGGACAACCUCAAGGUCAAUUCCAGGGCCAGCCUCAAGGUCAAUUCCAGGGCCAACCUCAAGGUCAAUUCCAGGGACAACAAGGCCAACCUCAGGCACAGUAUCAAGGUCAACCUCAAGUCCAACCUCAAUCCCAACCGCAAUAUCAAGGCCAACCUCAAGUCCAAUCUCAACCUCAAGCACAAUAUCAAGGUCAGCUUCCAGGGCAACCCCAGGGCCAAACUCAGGGCCAACCCCAGGGUCAACCCCAGGGACAACCCCAGGGCCAACCCCAGGGCCAACCCCAGAGCCAACCCCAGGGUCAACCCCAAGGCCAACCACAAGGCCAACCCCAAGUCCAAUAUCAAGCCCAACCUCAAGGUCAACAACAACCAUCUCAAGCCCAAUACCAGCCAAACCAACAAGCGCAGCCCAACGCAAAUCUAAACCAAGCUCCAGUAAGCCAAGGCCAACCCCAGGCCCAACCAGCUCAAAUCCAACAACCACAAAAUCAAGCUCAAUAACUGAAUCCAUAGAAAAUUUAAAUAAAUUAGUGUAACGACCAGUUUCUUGGUGAGAUCUGUCUGUCUUUUAGCCCAAAAUUCCUUAAACGUUACGUGUCCUAAAAAUCCGUACGACAAAAACGUCAGGAUAAUAUGGCAAUAUCGGAUGCAUCGGAUUUAGAAACUUGUCGUAUAUUAUGUAGUACUUUUUGAAUAUAUGUAAAUUUUAAUCAUUCACACAUUGGUGCCAAAUUCGCACGCUGUCAUCGCAUCGGCUAUUAAAUUAUUCUAAUAUUUCGUGUUUUAAUAGAUCAAAAUCUAUUAUAUUCUUAUUAUACAGAGAUUGUUAGAAUUAGUUUGAAUUAUACGUGACACCUAAA